AUGUGGAAGGAGCGAAAGUACGAUCUGAUCCAUUCUCGAGUGAUCGGGUACAUAGAAAACUGGCCAGAAUAUCUCAGGAACGUGCAAAGUUGCCUUGCAACUGCAGGUGUGCUCCACAUAGAAGUAGUCGAGAUGAUUCCUUUCACCGACGAGGGUAGCCUGCCCGAAACAUCCCCUCUCCUGAAACUAUCUCGGAUCUUGUACGAACCUUCAGAAAUAUCAGAAGAACACAUCGGUCACGGUUCCUCCAAUAUCGAACGUGAUCUAAAAAAGAUCGGCAUGCAACCAAAAAUCGAACACCGCAAGCUUCCCGUCAAACAUCAUAAGGAUGAAAAAAGACCUCAACUGGAAGAUUGGCUUGCAUCGACAAUGAUCCAGUUCAUAGUAGCAAAUGUAGCUAUCGCGAACGAAGGGUCUGCACGGCCUGGUUUGGAUGAUGAGCUUGUGAAAGCAGCGAUAUUGGAAAUCUCCCAGACUUUCUUUCAUGCGUAUUGCAAUUAG